CAAAGCAAAUCGUCCCUAUUCUCAAAGCAAACCCUACUACACUGACAUUUCCUCUGACAGAGAUCCGCUGCCCCAAGCUGAGCAUGCCGGCUAACGGCGGGUACAAGUGUUCAGACGGAUCCUACUUCAACUCUCGCUGCGAGUUCAUCUGCUCCCCUGGAUUCAGUCUGAAGGGCUACAAGACGGCAACCUGCCAGUACAACAAAGUGUGGAGCGCUGACGUCCCCACCUGUGUUGAUAUGGAUUCUCCAAAAAUUAAGUGUCCUACUGUGAAGGAUAAGUGGGCAGAGCCAGGAAAACUGACAGCGAGGGUGAGCUGGGACACACCCGAGGGUGUAGACACUGCAGACGGCAUCCUCACAGACGUUAUCCUGAAAGGGAAAGUUCCAAAAUCAGACUUCCCGGAGGGGCUCCAUAAGAUGUCCUACACUGUGUUUGACCGUGCAGGGAACAAAGGAUCCUGUCGCUUCACCGUCAGAGUGCGAGUGCGCCGCUGCAGCCCGCUGUUUGCCCCGGACAACGGUUAUAUGAAGUGUGACAGUGACGGAGACAACUACGGGGCCACUUGUGAGUUCAAAUGCACCGGAGGCUACGAUCUGCAGGGCAGCGUGGCCAGAGUGUGUCAGUACAGCUUCACCUGGUCCGGCUUGGACACCACCUGUACAGCCAUGAACAUAAACGUGGGAGUGCGCACAGCUGCUGCACUGCUGGAUCAGUUCUAUGAGAAACGACGGCUCCUCAUUAUCUCGGCGCCGACGGCUGCCAAUCACAAUUACCGCUUCCAGAUGACUAACUUACAGCAUGCUCAGUGUGGACUGGACCUGAGGCACGUCACAGUGAUUGAGCUGGUUGGGACUUACCCUGCUCAGAUUGGCCGAAUUCGACACAGACUGCUCACUCCAGCAUUGUCCCUGCAGAUCAGGUUACAGCUCCAGAUUCCUCAAAGGUCUUUCCAAAUGGUUCUGGUCGACAAGCAGGGUAUGGAUAAGCAGCGCUACCCGUUCCCGAUCACGUCGGCUGAAUUAUUCACCACCAUCGACACCUUCCCCCUCCGCAAGGAUGAGAUGGUGCUACAGCAGGAAGCGGGCCAGAACUGUCAAUCAUAAAACACAUCAACGGACCGUCAGCCAUAUUUGAUCCUUCCCCUCCUCUGUAACAGCAGUCCCACACUCCUACCUGAACUCAUUCAGGCCUGUUUGCAGAAGGUGUGUGUGUGUGUGUGAUCUGUUCUGAAGCAUUAUUGAGGUUUACUUAAUGGAAGGGGUCAUACAGUACAUUACAAUCAUAUUGAUUCCUGUGUCUUGUCUAUCUGUAUGUUUUAUUAUUAUUAUUUUUUAAUAUUUUCAAAAGCCAUAUGUUUUACUAUUUUGUACAAAAAAAGUAUUUUUACUGUAUAAACUGGGAAACUCUUCACCUGUCUAAUAUUUAUGUCUCACAUAUUUUUUAAUAACGAUGUACACUCUUUGGAAUACUGUGUGUUUUAUGUACAGGACAGUGAUGGUGCUGUUAGUAUGCUGUACGUCUACGUCUGAAUCUACAAGACACAGAUUAAAUAUGUCUAUCAGCGAGGAUGUUGUCUUCUGUGUGACAGUGUGUGAGUGCGAGACAGGCAUAAUCGUCUGAGGAUUCAAGAGAG